AUGACUGUUGUCCAGCUUGUUUCGAGUAUGUUUGGGAGAAUUGGCACCAACGUCAAAAAAUGUAAAUACAAACGCGGUUUGCCAGUACACCAGGGUCAAAGAAAAGAGCUCAAUACUGCAUUAGAUAACCAACACAAUGAAUAUGUGGAUGUUUUUGUAAAGUUCCUUUCUCAAUUUGGCAAUAUAUUGAAGAUUAUGACAUUGCUAACUGUUAGCUUUUAUGUUAUAGCUGUGUUAUUUGGUGCUCCUGUGUUUCAUGAUAUUAUAGAAACUGUGUACUUCAGCUUGCUUCUGUCAGUCUUAUUAGGCAUUCCACUGUGUAUUUUGAUUGAACCAAGUAUACUUGCACUUUUUCAGAUCAUAUUGGAAAGAAGUUGCCAUUCAAUCCAAGAAAUACACUGCUUGAACCUUGUGUAUGGUAGUCUUGUUGGAGCAUGGGUUGGAGCUGUGGCCAUACCGUUAGACUGGGAUCGGCCUUGGCAAAAGUGGCCUUUUCCUUGUUGUGUGGGGGCUUUAGCAGGAAAUGUUGCUGGGAAUGUUAUUAGUUUACCAUUAAUCAUAAAAAAUAUGCUGAGCAAAAAGAAAAAGCACUUUUGA